AUGAAUUGCACUCACCAUAUUCAAAAUCAGAUUACUCUGAUAUGUAUAGCUGCCCACAAGUGUUAAAGGAAACUAUGUGUUGAAUGUAUGUAUGACCAUGGAGUGGAUGUCAAGCAAACAGUUCCCAUUAAUAAAUUUCAGGAUAUGGCUAUGAAGAAAUUAACAGAGUCCAAGCUUAAAGAUACAUCUAAGUUAACUGAAUAGAGAAUGGCCUUUAAGUCCUUACUCUCUCAAACCGAAUAAAUGAUGAAGAAAAUUUGGGAAGAAUUGUCACAAUCUAUCAAAUAAGUAUACGAUUAGAUUGAAAAGGAAAACUAAUCAUACUUAAACCUCAUCAACGAAAAUGCUAAUCUAGCUGAAUCCUCCUACACUGAUAUAGAAAAAUUAGUAAACAUUGUAGAAGGAUCGACUUUAAAUGAUUGGAAUGCUUCCAAGAAUUCUUAUAUGAAGUAGUUAGAUAAGACCAAGAGCUGGUGGGACCAACAUAUAAAGGCUUUUAUUGAGUAGUCUAACUAAGGAAUCCAAUAUAUCCAAUCAUUAAUUAAGUAAGGAUUAUAAAUCUUAUCUUUAGGAAAGAUUAAGAAGAAGUUUAUUAAAUGAAAGAAGAUCUUUAUGAGAUGCUUACCUACAUCCAAGUUAUAGAUGAAUCUUUAUAUUAGAAGAUUCUUGAUAUACUUAGAAAAGAGAAAGUUUCAGACAUUAUUGGAUUCCUGUCGAAGACAUACAAUAAUCAGUUUUAUGAAUCUUUAAACUACAAGUAAGAGAAUAUUAGCGAGAUCAAGAAGUAAGUAAUGAAAAUAACUAAUUUCUUGAUAAAUAUUUAGGAUCAUAAAUUUAGUAAGGAUGACUAUUCUUAAGAAACAUAUGAAAAGGAAAGAGCGGAUCUUAUCAAAAGGAUAAAGGAUAACAAAGGAAUCACAGUUUUCAUCAAAUUUUUAGUGCGACUAACAGGAAUAGAUGUUAAGUUUAUUCAAUGUGGAUCCAAUGGUUUGAAUUUAUUAAUAGGCAUGAAGGUAGAUAUCAGAAACCAAUCAUUAGAGAAUAUAAGAAUCAAGAAUACUUCUUUAAUUGGAGGAAACUUAGUGAGAUGCAAUUUAAAUGGAUCAGAAUUUGAAAAUGUAGACAUAAGUGGAGUAAAUUUGAAUGGUGCUUAACUAUUUAAUUGUAAAUGGAAGAACUUAAAGGUCCAUGAAUUGAAUAAGUUGGAUGGCCAUAGUCGUUAUGUGAAUUCAGUCUGUUUCUCUCCUGAUGGAAAUACAUUAGCUUCUGGUAGUUGUGAUUAGUCUAUCCGUCUAUGGGAUGUCAAAACAGGAUAAUAAAAAGCCAAAUUAGAUGGUCAUAGUAAUACUGUCUACUCAGUCUGUUUCUCUCCUGAUGGAAAUACAUUAGCUUCUGGUAGUAAUGAUAAGUCUAUCCGUCUAUGGGAUGUCAAAACAGGAUAAUAAAAAGCCAAAUUAGAUGGUCAUAGUAAUUAUGUCUACUCAGUCUGUUUCUCUCCUGAUGGAAAUACAUUAGCUUCUGGUAGUGAUGAUAAGUCUAUCCGUCUAUGGGAUGUCAAAACAGGAUAAUAAAAAGCCAAAUUAGAUGGUCAUAGUAAUUGUGUUAACUCAGUCUGUUUCUCUCCUGAUGGAAAUACAUUAGCUUCUGGUAGUGAUGAUAAGUCUAUCCGUCUAUGGGAUGUCAAAACAGGAUAAUAAAAAGCCAAAUUAGAUGGUCAUAGUAAUUGUGUUAACUCAGUCUGUUUCUCUCCUGAUGGAAAUACAUUAGCUUCUGGUAGUGAUGAUAAGUCUAUCCGUCUAUGGGAUGUCAAAACAGGAUAAUAAAAAGCCAAAUUAGAUGGUCAUAGUAAUUGUGUUAACUCAGUCUGUUUCUCUCCUGAUGGAAAUACAUUAGCUUCUGGUAGUGAUGAUAAGUCUAUCCGUCUAUGGGAUGUCAAAACAGGAUAAUAAAAAGCCAAAUUAGAUGGUCAUAGUAAUUGUGUUAACUCAGUCUGUUUCUCUCCUGAUGGAAAUACAUUAGCUUCUGGUAGUGAUGAUAAGUCUAUCCGUCUAUGGGAUGUCAAAACAGGAUAAUAAAAAGCCAAAUUAGAUGGUCAUAGUAAUUGUGUUAACUCAGUCUGUUUCUCUCCUGAUGGAAAUACAUUAGCUUCUGGUAGUGAUGAUAAGUCUAUCCGUCUAUGGGAUGUCAAAACAGGAUAAUAAAAAGCCAAAUUAGAUGGUCAUAGUAAUUGUGUUAACUCAGUCUGUUUCUCUCCUGAUGGAAAUACAUUAGCUUCUGGUAGUGAUGAUAAGUCUAUCCGUCUAUGGGAUGUCAAAACAGGAUAAUAAAAAGCCAAAUUAGAUGGUCAUAGUAAUUGUGUUAACUCAGUCUGUUUCUCUCCUGAUGGAAAUACAUUAGCUUCUGGUAGUGAUGAUAAGUCUAUCCGUCUAUGGGAUGUCAAAACAGGAUAAUAAAAAGCCAAAUUAGAUGGUCAUAGUAAUUGUGUUAACUCAGUCUGUUUCUCUCCUGAUGGAAAUACAUUAGCUUCUGGUAGUGAUGAUAAGUCUAUCCGUCUAUGGGAUGUCAAAACAGGAUAAUAAAAAGCCAAAUUAGAUGGUCAUAGUAAUUGUAUUAACUCAGUCUGUUUCUCUCCUGAUGGAAAUACAUUAGCUUCUGGUAGUGAUGAUAAGUCUAUCCGUCUAUGGGAUGUCAAAACAGGAUAAUAAAAAGCCAAAUUAGAUGGUCAUAGUAAUUGUAUUAACUCAGUCUGUUUCUCUCCUGAUGGAAAUACAUUAGCUUCUGGUAGUGAUGAUAAGUCUAUCCGUCUAUGGGAUGUCAAAACAGGAUAAUAAAAAGCCAAAUUAGAUGGUCAUAGUAAUUGUAUUAACUCAGUCUGUUUCUCUCCUGAUGGAAAUACAUUAGCUUCUGGUAGUGAUGAUAACUCUAUCCGUCUAUGGGAUGUCAAAACAGGAUAAUAAAAAGCCAAAUUAGAUGGUCAUUCAUAUGCUGUAAAGUCAGUCUGUUUCUCUCCUGAUGGAAAUACAUUAGCUUCUGGUAGUUAUGAUAACUCUAUCCGUCUAUGGGAUGUAAAAACAGGAUAAUAAAAAGCCUAAUUAGAUGGUCAUAGUAAUUGUAUUAACUAAGUCUGUUUCUCUCCUGAUGGAAAUACAUUAGCUUCUGGUAGUUAUGAUAACUCUAUCCAUCUAUGGGAUGUCAAAACAGGAUAAUAAAUUAAAUCCUCUGAUAAAAACUACAAAGAUAUUCUUGCAUAAUUUAAGAUUCCUCACCAAUAACAUAGUCAUAUUACCGAAGGUACUAUUUAUUCCCUAUCAUAUUGUUAGCCUCCAAUUACAUCACUACACUACUUAUAUCCCAAGAAGCAAUAUUUCAAGCCAAAGGAGCUUUAAUUCUGAGAGGAGAGUUUAUAAAUUAAUCAGGUAUUGAUUUAAUGACAUUGUUUAAACAAAAAGGAAGUUGUAUUUUAG